AUGCCCUGCCACAUGUGCCGUGUCGCAGCUGUCCAGGAAGUGACUGUGGAUUCUCUGGGGAAGGCAGUGGAGUGGCCUUCUGCAGAUGGCCAACAAGUCUGUUUAGGGCAUCAGACUGAUCACUGUUCACCACUGUUUACUAGAGGCUUAAAUGGGCAGCUACCACCAAGACUUGCCGGUGCUGCUCUAAGAACCCAGUCUUUCCACUUGUCUGCAUAGAGACUAAAGAAAAGGCCACAGAAGAGUCCACCAAGAGAACUUGAUUUACAUCGUUAUGACAUAGGAGACCUGAAGAAAGCUCCAAAGCCAGCCCUCUUUCGAUUAGCUGGUCUCAUUCUUUUUGUAUCAGCUCCUCUACUUAUGGCUGUUACAGAGCUGUAUUUACCUAAAGUUGCAUUUGCUAAAGUUUCAUAUGGACCCUCCAUUGCUUCCUUUCUAGGUGGGGCACACUGGGGCUUUGCCUUGCCUGCCAGGAGUCCAGCAAAACCGUCUAGUUUAGCCAGUAGUGUGAUUUCAUGGGUAGCACUCCUUUAUAGCCAUGACAUUACAAAGUCUGCUUUACUUGUGAUAAUGGCUUUGCAUUAUUACCUGUCCCUGCUGCCCACAAUCCCCCUCCCUCAAGCCACAGAUUAA